CAGGUACUACAUCUGAUACUAAUCAAAAACUUAGAUUCCUGCUAAGUGAGUGUAGCGAGAUCGGAAGAAAGUUGGCAGUGAUUUGUGCUUAUAGUAAUAACAUAAAAACAUAUAGUUUGUAUGGUGUUCCUUGUAUAUCAGAUGGAACUGGAUAUCGUGCUGAGGUUCUUCUACCAACAUCAGUAAUAAUGAGGUGGUAAAAACCUCAAAUGCUCAGGUGGAAUCAAUGUAGCUCUUCUUCGCAUUCGGACGUCGUGGCUAGCGGUAAACCAGCAGUAGCAGAGAACUGAAUUUUUAGAAGUGAUGGCGAAGUCAGCAACAUUAUUGCUUCUGCUUCUCUCAUCCGCUUGCUAUCUGUCGGCGCUCGACUUGAACAGCUUGGUCAGCAAAGCCGGUGAUGCUGCGAAGGUUGCAGCCAAAACCACCAAAAGUCUGGUAGACGCGGCUCCCCAAAUAUUUUCACCCGAACAGCUGCUCGAAUUUGGCAAGCAAUCCAUUGCUGGGGUUCCACUGGAGGCACUAGCUGGAGCAAUCAAUAAAAUUUGCUCAAUUGCAGUGUCCUCAAAUGCUACUGAAUCGGAAAACUCAGUUAACAUCACGGAAAUGAACUACAUUCUGAUGACCGAGAAUGAAAAUGUGUCCAUUCCAUUGCUUGAGUCUGAGGAUCUGUGGAGUCAUUGGUUGUUUAACGAUUCCUAUAGUACUGUUAUUCUAGUCACCGGUUGGACUUCAAACAUCAACGGCUCGAAUCGGGCGAUCGAUACAAUCUUCAAUGCUUAUCGAGCACGGGGAGGCUACAAUUUUGUUGUUAUCGAUACCUCGGACUAUGUGGAUACCUUAUACUCGUGGUCGGCUUUCAAUACUAACGACUUGGGUAAAGCAUUAGCCGAAGGUUUGGAAGAAAUGAUCAGAUACGUGCAGUUGGAUUCAAUACAUUUGAUCGGACACAGCUUGGGAGCUCACAUUGUUGGAUCCGCUGGACGGUACUUUCAACAAAGAACUAAUCAGUCUAUACCAAGAAUAACUGGAUUGGACCCUGCGAAUCCAUGCUUCAACGAGGGAGAAGCUUUAAGCGGUAUCUCCCGUGGUGAUGCAGAUUUCGUGGAUAUUAUUCACAGUAACGCAAAGGUGCUCGGCAAGCGAGACCCGAUGGGAGAUGUGGAUUUCUAUCCAAAUGGAGUUGUAUCCGUCCAACCAGGCUGCUUGAAUCCAUCUUGUUCUCACGCACGUGCCUGGGAACUCUAUGCCGAAACCGUUUAUCCAGGGAACGAGAAUAAUUUGCUGGCUAUCAAGUGUAACUCAAUUCUAUCGCUGGACACAGGCGCCUGCCCUGGUAAACCGAUUCCAUUGGGUUACGCAUGCCCGACAUCUGCAAAAGGAAACUAUUUUCUAAAGACAAACGAAAAAACGCCGUUUGGUAAAAGCUUUGAAAAUAAAGUAUGAUGAUUUAAUAACGUA